AAGUGGUGGGGGGAGAGAGCGAGUCGAGUUCCUUGGAGCUCUCUGAGCGCGAGUCUCCGCGAGUCGGCCAAGAAAGAGCAACAGGCCAGUGCACGCCUCUCCGCGCCUCCUGGGAUAUCUCGGGUGCCGCGGCCGCGGUGUUCCUCCGCUUUCUCGCCCUCUCUUCCUCUCUCUCUUUCUCUCUUUCUAUCUCUCUUUCCCGUCGCCGUCGUAGUUGCUUUGGCAGUACACCUAUAUAACCUACACAUAUUUGCAUCGGGAAUCACACGGCGCAGCAGCGCACGGCAAAUCUGCAGUUGCGAACGCGAGCGCGCUCGCGCGUGUGUGGUUUUUUUUUUUUAACGCUCGUGCGCCGCGCAGCCUCUGCAUCGAGGCUUUUUUCUACCUAAAGAUAGACAACGGCAGUGGCGGCAAAAGUACAAGAAGAAGAAGAAGAGGCGAGCUGCCGAAGGAGAGAAAGAGAGAAGACUGCGCAGAAGAGUAGCCCCGUGCGUGCAGUGAGUGGCCACUGGUAUAUAAACGAGCGUGAGAAGAGAGAGAGAGAGAGAUAUAAGUAAUAUACUGCCCGCGAAGAGAGAGAGAGAGAGGAAAAAAAGUCGGCGAGAGUCUGUGUCCACCCUCGGCGCGGAUACAUACAUACGCGCGCGCGCGUAUCCGUGUGUACACGCAUUCUCGGCUCGCGACUGUGCAGAGCAGUGCACCAAGCUCUAUAGCUGUAUGCACAGACACACACACACACACACACACAUAGAGAACGUAGAGAGCGCGCGACGUUCGGUUCUGGCUCGCGGAUUCUCACGCGCGCGAGCGGAGCAUAAACACACUCGCACACCGAGAGAGGAGGAAGAGCAGCAGUAACAGCGGCAGCGGAGAACGGAGCAGGAGGAGGAGGAGGAGAAGAAGAAGCAGCAGAAGCGGCGGCAGCGAGCAGCAAAGGAGAGAGAGACAAAAAGGGAGAAGCGGACCAAGCGGAGGAGAGAAGACUUCGCAGAGAGAUCGCCGGACGACGGAGAAACGGAGCACGAGAUUUCGCGGAAGCAGCAGCAGCAGCAGCAGCAGCGGAGAGCGGGAGAGAACGGAUGUGCCGCUCGAAUGAAUGAAAGAAGCUGGCUGCUGGAGCUUGGCUGCUGCAAGGUGCCAGCAGGGCUCUCUCGAUUGUUCGGCCUCGGCGCGUAUAAUACCGAAGAGGCCUGCGCCAGCGCUACUCUGUCGUCAGGUGUAUACGUAGCUCCCGAGAGCCGAGAGAGGAGCAGGUAGCGCACUCGCGGCACGAAGCAGCAGCGGCGGCGGCGAGCGAGCGCCGAGCGAGUGGAGGAGAGGAAUACCUGCAGCAGGUAGAACGAGAGAGACGGAGCUGCGAUAAACAUGCGCCCAAUGAGAUCUACGAUCCCGUAGUCGCCUGCCUGCCUGCCUGCCUGCCUGCCUGCAUCCAGUCGCCGGAGCAAGAGAGAGAGAGAGAGAGAGUGAGAGAGAGUGAGAGAGAAAGACUCAGCAGCAGCAGCAGCAGUCGUCUUGUUGUCUUUCUGUGCGCGCCAGAGAGAGAGAGAGAGAGAGAACGACGAUUGUAAAAAAGACGGAGGAAGGGAGCCGCUCGGCUCUGCGGAGAGUAGACGAGUCAGCAGCAGCACACGGAAGCCGCAGAAGAAGAAGAAGAGAGGAGCCAGCGGCAGAGGAGAGAGAGAGGCGGAGGAGAAGAAGAAGAAGAAGAAGACUCCCUUCGCGAGUGUGUCAGUGCGUUCGUUGUUAACGGAGUAAGAGAGAGAGAUAAGAUGGCGCUGAACCAGGACGUAGCCGAGCCGGGAAGCGGAGCGGCCGGCGCCAAGAGCAACCUCGUCGUUCGCAUCGACCAGAACAGCGAGUCGGACCUGCAGGCCCUCUUCGACAGCGUUCUCAAGCCGGAUUCGAAGCGACCGCUGCAGGUGCCGCUGCGCAUGCGCAAUCUGCCCGACUCGUUCUUCAACCCGCCCUCGACCGGCAGCAAGUCACCCUCGAUAUCGCACUCGCGCGAGAACUCGGCCGACUCGGCCUUCGGGGCCGGAGGCGGAGGCCUCGUCAACGGCGGAGGCGCCGCGACGCCGGGCGGCAACGGCAGCGGCGGCACCACCAGUCCCGGCGCCCAGCCGAGCGGAGCUGCCCAGGUGCCCCAGGGCCUGACCGUUGCCCAUCCCCGAGCCCACAGCAGUCCGGCCUCGCUGCAGCAGACCUACGCCUCGGCCCAGCAGCAGAGCCAGCACGCGCCCCAGCACAACUCGGCCAGGCACCAUCACCACCAGAAGCAGCGCAGCUACGACGUCAUCAGCACCGUCGACGACCUGGGACCACUGCCCCACGGCUGGGAGCAGGCCCGCACGCCCGAGGGACAGAUCUACUUUCUCAACCACCUGACGAGGACGACGACAUGGGAAGACCCGCGGAAAACGGCGGCGGCCGCGAGCGUCGCAGCCGUGGCAGCCGCCGUCGAGAGCGGCAAGGCUGCGGCCACGCCUGGCCAGGCCGGCAGCAACGCCCUGGGCCCGUUACCCGACGGCUGGGAGCAGGCCCGCACGCCCGAAGGCGAGAUCUACUUCAUCAACCACCAGGCGCGCACCACCUCCUGGUUCGACCCUAGAAUCCCGUCGCAUCUGCAGAGGGCCCCGACAUCCGGUGCCAUGCUGCCGCAGAACUGGCAGAUCCAGCAGCAGGGCGCCGCCGGCAUACAGAGCAGCCAGACGCUCCAGGCUUGCCAGCAGAAGCUGCGACUCCAGUCCCUUCAGAUGGAGCGCGAGCGCUUGAAGCAGAGGCAGCAGGAGAUCAUACGACAGGUCAGUUCGCAAGAGCUGAUGCUUCGACAGAGCACAACGGACGCUGCGAUGGAUCCAUUCCUGUCCGGAAUCAACGAGCAGCACGCCCGACAGGAGAGCGCGGACAGUGGCUUGGGUCUCGGCUCCGCUUAUUCCCUGCCCCACACCCCUGAGGACUUCUUGGCAAACAUAGAUGACAACAUGGAUGGCACAAGCGAAGGAGCUCCAAUGGAAACGCCAGACUUGUCGAGCUUGAGCGAUAACAUCGAUUCGACCGACGAUCUCGUGCCUCUUCAGCUUGGUGAGGAAUUCAGCAGCGACAUUCUCGAAGAUGUGCAAUCAUUGAUCGAUCCUGUGGGCAACCCGACCAAGCCGGAAAAUAUUCUCACGUGGUUGUAGUGUGUCCUCAACGAUACCGAUUCGAGGAUGUCAUCAACGCGUUGCAAGACAACUCGAUACAUAUAUUGAAGGACUCUGCAUUCAGCGAGACUAAGUCAAUACUCUUUACGGGACAUAAGUGCAUAAGAACUCGACGAAUUUUUAGAGCCUACAAAGUCCGUCUACACAUUUAAACUUUUAAAAGAACGUGUGCGUACAUGAAUCGAACUUUGUGUAAAUAGAGCAUCUCCGCUGCUGCCGGCUCUGAGCGCAACGCUGCGGCCGAGUGCCGGAAAAUUCAAACUUGAGCGAUAUACUACUUUAAGGUCAUAAACUUAGCUCUGAAUUAACAGAGGCCAGAGACGAAAUGACGUUCCUGUCCAUGUCCAUGCAACAAUCAUGUUUUCAUUGAAAUCACCGGAACAAACUAGUUCCUGAUAUCAUGACGUAUCAGAAACGGAAUCCGAUUUUUAGUAUUUCUUAUACUUUCAUUUUUAAUUUACACACAAGUAACGUCGAAAGAGUUGCUCUUUCAUUUUAGAUCUCAAAUGUUUUAAGUUUGACGCGAGGACAGUAACGUCAAGAAAUAAAGCAUUUUUUAGCAAUAAACAUGGUUCAGAUUUAGAGAUUUUUAAAAAAGGGGGAAACGUGUAUAAAAUCGCAGAGUAAAGGAACGCGUAUAAGAGCGAUGCGAGCGCGUGUCGCAGCCUUUGAACGAUGUUCGUAAGUUAACCAAGUGCCUUGACCUUGCAAUUAAUAUACAAAACCCGGCGACAGGGAUUUGUCGCUUUUUAAAGGUAAUAACCGUCCAUAUUAAAUUUGUUUAUGCGAACAAUUAGCAAUUGUUGAAAAGUGUAUAUCAUGUUUUUUACAUGAAACUUUUAAAUAUUCGAAGAUUAAGCAGUGCGAGUGCAAAAUAAAAGUAUAUAUAUUUUUUUUAUCUAUAAAGUUUAUACUUGUUACGGAUUACCAGUUAUUGGAACGAAAGUAAAGAAGAAAACGAAAACAAAACGAAAAAAUUUGUUUGAUUGUAAAAUUCUCUUUGUACCUAUAAGCAAAUGGAAUUAUAUAAUAUUUGCAGAAUAUCGAAAUACUUUUUAGCUUUAAGGGCUUCUUCGUCUGUCCCCUGUUUUACGGAGAAAGUUAAACAGGAAGACAGAUGGAUUUAAUGUACUUUCUUUUCUUUGAUUUUUUUUAUUAAGAAAAUACAAUGUAUUAAUUUCGUGUAUCGACUGCUCGUUUUUUCCUUCAUGUAUUGAAUAAUGUCGGUAAAUAUGAUAUUACACCUCUACAUGUAAUUAGGUUUAUGGCAGCUUAUAGCACGUAUUCGCGCGAUAUCUAGGAGGAGCGAUGCCAACGGUGACGACAUUUUCGCUAAAAAAUGCAUUAACCAGUUUUGCGAAAAUAGAUAGGUCAUUCGAAUUACGUGUAUCGAUCUCCUAGAUCGUUUGCGAGUACUAAAUAAAACUAGACGUUGGAGGUAUCGUGACGAAGUACAUGCGGUUGUCAUUUUACGAUUAAGAAGAAAAAGAGUGUUUGACUAUGUGUAAAAGCGUUCUCUCGUCUUUUCCCACGUUAUGGAAAAGUUGCGGAGAUGACGCUGCGAAUGACGAAACUAUUAUAACGUAAACGAGUUUUUAUUAAAGUCUGCGUUUUUAAAGCGUCUCAGUGGCUAGUGCCUUGAAAAAAAAAUAAUAUACUAUAAACGUUGUCAACUCGCGACAACUGCCUUUUGUACUGUGCUUUCUCGAUAAGCGUGUGAAUUCAAAUGGAAUCAUCGCAUGCGUGCGUCUUAUUUGUAAUAAUACACGGCGCUCAUCGAUUUUCUGCGUUAUUCUCCUGGAAAUUGUUGAAUACGGUACUCACGAGUAACGCUGUAUAAGAGAAUCCUGCGAAGGACUGUGUGCUAUUGAAAUACUGUGUUAUGAAAUUUCUCAUCGAUUAGUUUGUCUCAAAGUGCAUUUGUACAUUAAAGAGUGCUAGCAUUAGAAAAGUACAUUAAUGCAUCAUGUGUAUAGAUAAACUUUUCGUUACAAAAGUCUCUUUGAGAAAAAAUGAACGAGAUUAACAGAAAUUUCAUCACGGUAUAUCGGUAACGAUGCCCUACUGUGGUUUCAAUGAUUUCCAGGAGGUCUUCAUUCUUACAUACUUGUAUUAUGUAUAAUUACAACAGUUUUUUUCUUUUAGCCGGUAAUAAUGUAUUUUUUAAUUGUAAUAUCCUUUUGCUUAGAGUCUAAGCUGAACACUUGGAUUUCGUCGAGGGAAGCUUUGUAUUUUCUUUUUUUGUCCAGUCAGCGAUGACGGUGAUUUAUUUGUGUAAUGAAUUUUGUGUCUCGCGAAUACUCACCAAUCAUUUAACACAUUUUUUUUUUUAUUGAAACGCAUCAAUCGCGUUUUUAGGUGCCUUUGCGAAGACCAAAACGCUCCGAGUUUUGUAUUGCUGCGAGAUUACAAAAAAAAAAGCGCAACUUAUUGAUUUUUUAAAAAUAUUAUUUAAAUAUACUCAUCGACAAUAACUGUAACAAUAAAUAUAUUGUUUACUUAUAGCCAA